CCUUGUGCAUGAUUAACUGAACAAAUACCGAAUUGUUACUGAAUCGUUUUACGGGUAUUGACGGGGGCUAGGACUCUCUAUGUAGGACAUAUACAUGGGUCUGAGAUUAAACCAACACUUUAUGUUUAUUGUUAGUUUACUGGGAAGACCUACUCAGCGCUAACUUAACCUACCACCUUACACGAAGGAAUCUAGUAGGAAAUAUGCCGGAUUAACGGGAACUAUGGACGUGUAAAACAGCUCGUCUAGCCUGACGGGCGACAUCGGGUGCCAUGAAAACGAGAGGGACAAAAAGAAGACAAGAAGUAGAUAGCUAGAGUCACCAUGAUGCUGACACUUUGGGAGUGGAAGAAUGUGCAUGAGCCGCCAGCUCCUGUAUCUCCGAUAGUUCCGGGGGGUAUGGUGGUUACCCCCACCCAAGAACAGACGAAAUAUCCCCCAGGAAACCAACAGCAAUACCACGGUUACAAGAAAAACAACGAGCAUCUCCACGGAAAGGAACAGGGAAAGUUUGGAAGUAAAAUAAGCGAUUCUAGGGACAAACAGCGACGUCACCGAACAAACAAGGCAGGCGGCUGUGUCCUUAUCGACAGCCCUAGAGAUGAAGGAAUACAGUAUAGGAAGGAGCUUUUUGACUAUCAGGCAAGGAACAGAGGAAGAUUUUCCCGAGAUAUGCUUCCUAUAACGCCACAGAGGAACUUUCGCUGCAAACAUCCAGCUGGUAUGAACGUUUCCAUUAGCGACAACAGAAAUACUAUACCUACUGUUAUGUCUUACGACCACAGUCUCUACCUAGAAAAUGGGGACUAUAGAGAUAAAGUAGAGAAGAUGAAAAGAGUUUACGAACUGAUGCAAGGAGUAGAUAGGAAAUAUUCCAAUUUGAGAUCUGCGGCUUCAGUUAGAACUAAUACUGCAACUGCAAGUGCCAAAACACCGCCGAAAAAGAGCGUUCAUGACAGUGCAGACAGUGGUUUUGACAGUGACGUGGAUAAAAGUUUGCUCAAUACAACAGUGCCAGAAACAUCUCCAGAUAGUCUCAAGUCGCAUGCCCUUCACGAUUCAAAGAAAGGAAUGAACACGGAGACGGAAAUCGUUCCCCAAGCACAGGAGCAAAGAUCGAGUGACAAAUUAAACACAGAGAAAGGGGACACGGUGGAGCCCUCAUUAAAAUCCCCGCAUACAGCUGAGAAGUUGCCAAACAUAAAACGUUCGAAAUCAAAAAAGAGAGCAAAAACAAAAAUGGAUCAGUCAGAAGAAAUGCCUUGCCAUACCACCCAGGAAGCCGUGCACUUGCCCUACGUGACACUCCCGAGUCUAGAAGCUGUAAGGGCGGGGAAACCAAAUCCUGGGGGAGUAAGUGCUUUUAGUCUUAUAGAUGACAAAUCGUACAGUAAAUUUGCUCGGAAAAGUAAGCCAAAGAAGUCACAUCUUGGACAAGCCGUCCAAGAAAUGAGACCCGUUUAUGAUAGACUUAUGCCAGUGGACAGCCAAAAAAUGGCCACCGUAUCUACGUUAUUUAAGAAAUCGUCAAAGAAAAAGACCUCGUAAAGAUUUUCUUCUUUUGUAAGUAACUGAGAAAACAGAUUGGUGCUAUUAGAUGGAUAAUAGGUGAUCACACGACUUGGAGAUAGUUUCAAGUCACAUUGCGUUCCACGUUGUCAACUGUCAUUUAAUUUUACAGAGCACAACGUCACUUCGUUUUUCUUUCCUUUUGUUUGUUUUUUUCUCAACUGACUCGCAGUUCGUGAAGUGCAUCGUAACAAAUUUAAGUCUAUCCCAGAAAACGUGAUGGCAUUCGUGUACAUUUAAUGACGUUUUAUCGAACGAUGAGACUUACAGGUCACAUCACGGUCACCGUCGCAAAUCAAAGCGACACGCAAUGACGCGUCACAUCUUGGUUUAAUGGAAGAUCAAUUUGCAAAGAUUUCGUAGUUCUAAAUAAUUUUUUGUGUAAGUUUGCUGAUUUCGUCACGUCUUUCCUGUUAGGAAAGCCCGCAUUUGAAUAAUAAAUCACAUACAACUGUACAGAAUUGUUGAAG